AUGGCCACGGCGAGGCCCGUCGUCUCCGUCUACAGCUCCGAGGACCCCUCCGCGAAGGCGGGCACGGUGCCCCUGCCCAGCGUGCUGACGUCGCCGCUGCGCCCCGACCUCGUGCGCUACAUCCACACGGCGGUCUCCAAGAACAAGCGCCAGGCCUACGCCGUGACCCCGAGGGCCGGCUACGAGACCGCCGCCGAGUCUUGGGGCACCGGCCGCGCCGUGGCGCGCAUCCCGCGAGCCCCGGGCGGCGGCACGCACCGUGCCGGCCAGGCGGCGUUCGGCAACCAGGCGCGCGGCGGAGGCAUGUUCUGCCCCACCAAGAUCUGGCGCCGCUGGCACCGCCGCGUGAACGUCACGCAGAAGCGCCACGCCGUCGCCACGUGCCUGGCCGCGAGCUCGCUUCCCCCGCUCGUCAUGGCCCGCGGCCACAGGAUCGGAGCCGUCUCGGAGCUGCCCCUGGUGGUGUCCUCCGCGGCGGAGUCCAUGCAGAAGACCAAGCAGGCAGUGGAGCUGCUGAACAAGCUCGGAUGCGAGGAGGAGCUUCAGAGGAUCGCCGACUCGAAGAAGGUCCGUGCUGGCAAGGGCAAGAUGCGCAAUCGCAGGUACACGAUGCGCAAGGGCCCGCUCGUGAUCUACGAGGAGGACAACGGCAUCGUCCGUGCCAUGCGCAACAUCCCGGGCGUGGAGACGAUGUGCGUGACCCGGAUGAAUUUGCUCAAGCUUGCGCCGGGUGGCAAUUUUGGCCGCUUUCUGAUCUACACCGAGGGCGCCAUGAAGAAGCUCGACGAGAUGUACGGCAGCUUCACCACGGCCUCGCAGAAGAAGGGCUACACGAUCCCGCGGGCGCAGAUGGAGAACGCAGACGUGGCGCGCAUCAUCAACAGCACCGAGGUGCAGUCCGUCCUGAAGCCGAAGCUGGAGGCCCCCAAGAGGUUCGCCGUCAAGAAGAACCCGCUGAAGAACUCCGCGAUCAUGGCCAAGCUGAACCCUGGUGUGCUGCACAAGCGGGCCCUGAGGGCCAAGAGCCACGAGAAGGGCACCCCAGAGCAGGGGCUGGUGCAGGAGAAGAAAAAGGCCCGCCUCGCAGCAGCAAAGGCUCACGGCAAGGAAUGCAAGAAGGGCGACACGACGUAUUACAAGACGCUCAUGCAGGCCUUCAUGGACAAGGCCGCGGAGGCGCAGAAGAAGAAGGAGGACGAGGAGGAGGAGGGCGCCGGCGAGGACGAGGAGUGA